AUGACCGAAGUUCUUCAUGCCCUCCGCUAUUCGGAGUCGCCCUUGAGACUCGACUGUCCAGGGUUUUUCAAGGCUAAGGCAGGGUCGAUGAUGCGGUGGAUGUAG